AUCUCCAAUCAACAGGUUGUGACAGGAGUACUUAAAAAUUUGUUUAUCUCAAUUAAAAGUUAAAACGUUUUAUAACUGGGUUAGGCUUCCAAUAAAACCCUUAAAAUGUCAAAAAAGAAAGACGACAUCGCCGAUUUAAUAUGCAAAUCUUGUAAACUGUAUCUCUCAAUAGCCCCCAUAGUAAUUUCCAAAUCAUUUAACGGUCCUGUGUGUGGCAGAUGCAAAAACAAACUGAAUCCCGAAGAUUAUACUGUGGCUGAUUUUUAUGAAGCACUGGUGAAAACCAAGAGUUUUCCUUGCAGAUUUCAAAAGUCCGGUUGUAAGGUUGUUACAAAGUGGGGUUACGUGUCGCAACACGAAAACUCGUGUAGAUACACCGAGAUUUCUUGCCCAAUUUGGAAUUGUAAGUGGAGGAAUAAAUCAAUGAGUUUUAAUGAGCAUAUAAAAAAAGAUCAUGAUAAAUUAAUACAGAAUCCUGUUAAGUGUAAAAUAGACGAGGGUUUUAGUAAGGUUGUAGCUGUAAGUACAGUUGGGCAGGAUUUUUUCAUUGCAUAUAUAAUUAAAAAGAAGGGAGGUAAGGUGAUUUUUACAGUUACUAUGAAUGGAAGUGAGAUACAGAGUGCAUGUUAUCGGUAUCAAGUGGAAAUAUUUGAUGAAAAAGAAGAAAAUUCCAUUAUUUUAAGAAAAAAUCAUUGUUAUACCUUCAAGGAUAGUAAAACUAGUGUUGGGAUUGAUAUAACGCUAAAUAAUAUUAAAAAUAUAUUGAAUGGUUCCACUAAUUUGGUUGCAAAGUUUGGUAUUGUCAAGAAGAAUGAUAAGGAAAUUAAUAAAAUUAUGGCCAAACAUCAACAACCAUUAGAACCAAAAGAUAUUGUAAUUCCAAAAAGCACCAUAAAAUUUGACCAGGACAUCCUCUCGGAACUGGAAUGCCCAAUCUGCCAAGAAUACAUGUACUCGCCAAUUUUUAUCUGCGCCUCUGGGCACAGUUUCUGUUCGGGCUGCAUUCAAAAAAUGUCAAUUUGUCCGACUUGUCGAUGUUCGUUGAAAAACAAAACGAGAAAUUUUUCUCUGGAAAAAAUUGCAGCCGUUACGAAAGUCCCGUGCAGAAAUGAGCCUGUCGGUUGCAGUUUUUACUCUUCCGUGGAAAAAAUUUUGGAGCACGAAGAUAAUUGUAGUUUCCAAGUUUUCACGUGUUUUUUCAACUGUAACUGGAAGGGGGAUCCAGAAAAUUUCAUGUUGCACAUCAGGGAAAACCAUGCAGAUAAAUUAUUUCAAAUGAACACAAAAUAUACACUACAAGAUAAUGAAACUCGUAUUAUAUCAAUGAAAAAUGAAGUUUUUAUUUUUACGUUGAUUUACUCGAAAAAUAGGAAUGUUCCGCUAGAAAUUAAAGUGGAAAAAUUAAACGAUAAAAGCAAGCAAAAAUAUGUUUUUAAGUUCGAAUUUUUACAUGCUUUUAAACGUUUUGUUCUUGCAGACUCAGUUCUGCCUUACUCUAAAAAUAAUAAAAAUAUAAUUAUUUCCAACGAUAUUGUUAAAAAGUUUGACAGUGGGGGGAAUAUUUUCUAUAAUUUGGUGAUCAACAAAAACGAUAAAUAAUUU